UACAAUCAGUUUGGAAAUAUCUGCAAUUUCUACCAUGUAUUGUUUGUUUUUAUUAUGUGGACUAGUUUUGGUUUAUUGUCAUGCUGAUGAAUGCAGUUAUCCAUACCGACGAGUUGGUAAAGGAUGUUAUCUUAUACAAAAAGAUAAAAUAUCUGGUGAUGCUGCUUUUGCAAAAUGCUUACGACGUGGUGCAUAUCUAGCGAACUUUGAAACAUUAAAUGAAGCAAUGUUGAUGAAAUAUGAACUCGUUAAAAUGAACACAGGUGUACACUUUUAUGUUGGUAGACGUAACAUCAAUAGAUAUAAGACCGGUGGUGAUUGGAGAUGGAUAAAGAAGGACGGAGAGAUGGUCAAGAUGACAUACUUUGCAUUUGAUAAUGGAGAACCAAAUGGAACUUUGAAGUCUGCACAAGAUUGUAUGUUCUUUCUUGCUUCUAGAGAAUACAAAUUCCAUUCUGUUACGUGCGCAAACAGAGGUUCGCUUGGAGGUUAUAUUUACGAGAAAUAAAUUAUGACCAUUUU